AUAAUUCUUCCCCUUUUCUCUGAACUUCUGUCAACUCCAUUUGCAACAGAUUCUUUCGAAUCGAGAAAAUAACAGUAUAACAUUAUUUUUCCUUCUAAUCACCAUAAUGGAUGUUUCUAAGAGACGAAUUCUGCUCAAGGUCAUCGUCCUCGGCGACAGCGGGGUGGGAAAGACAUCUUUAAUGAAUCAAUAUGUACACAAGAAAUUCAACCAACAAUACAAAGCUACAAUUGGUGCUGAUUUUGUGACCAAAGAAUUGCACAUUGAUGACAAGCUGGUUACUUUGCAAAUAUGGGACACAGCAGGACAGGAGAGGUUCCAGAGUCUAGGUUCUGCAUUUUACAGAGGGGCAGACUGCUGUGUUCUUGUGUUCGAUGUAAAUACACUCAAAACAUUCAAUACACUAAACCAUUGGCGCAAAGAGUUUCUCAAGCAGGCCGAUGCGUUUGAUCCUAACACUUUUCCCUUCGUACUAAUUGGAAACAAGAUUGACAAAGAAGGUGGAAGGAGUCGAGUGGUUUGUGAGAGAAAAGCCAGGGAAUGGUGUGCUACCAUGGGAAACAUACCUUAUUUUGAGACCUCUGCAAAAGAAGAUUAUAAUGUUGAUGAUGCUUUUCUCGGGGCCGCUAAAUCUGCAUUAGCCAGUGAACAUCCAUAUGACAUUUUUUUGUCCAGCGUUUCAGAAACUGUUGCAGAAACCCAACAGAGAGGAGGAUGUGCUUGCUGAAGAUGUCAUCUGCAAGUGUUAUACUGUGUUUUGCUGUGUUUUAGUUCU